AGUUAGUCGAACAUAGUCAGAAGAUACAAACCGUGCUGUAGUACUCGUCAUAAUAUAAAUUGUUAUACCACACAAAAUUAGUGUGGUACACACAUUAACGGAAUAUUUGAUAAAAAUUUUGUGAAAUAGAGAAAAUUUGUCUAUUACUCAUCGCGUUUCUCGGAAUUUAAUUAAUAAUAAAAUUUAGAGAAAACUAAACCAUAAAAAUGCCAUCCGAUCAGAAUGUGUACCAGCCGAGUCCGCAGACCAGCAAAGAUUCUCACGUUUCCAGUUUCGAGCAAUACCAAGAGUUAUAUAAGGAAUCGAUAGAAAAUCCUCAAGGUUUCUGGGGGAAAAUUUCGAAACAAUUUCACUGGGAAACACCACCAAACGAUCCGAACAACAUAGUCACAUACAAUUUCGAUAUAUCUCAAGGACCCAUUUUCAUUAAGUGGUUAGAUGGUGCGUCCACAAAUAUUUGCUUCAAUUUACUGGACAAGAAUGUUAAAAACGGCAAUGCAGACACGAUUGCUUUUCAUUGGGAAGGCAAUCACCCAGAAGACUAUAGUCGCCUUACAUACAAGAAACUCCUAGAAGAAGUAUGCCGUUUCUCAAAUGUACUCAAAUCACAUGGCGUACGCAAAGGCGAUCGGAUAUCAAUUUACAUGCCAAUGGUUCUGGAAUUACCAAUUGCGAUCCUAGCUUGCUGUCGAAUUGGUGCCGUUCACUCUAUUGUUUUUGCCGGUUUCUCUUCCGAUUCUCUUGCCGAACGAAUGCAUGAUUGCCAAGCAAAAAUUUUGGUAACAGCCGACGGAGCAUGGCGUGGGGAAAAACCGUUACAUUUGAAAACAAUUUGCGAUGAAGCCAUGGACAAAGCAUCCGCAAUGGGACAUAAUGUGGAAAAGUGCAUUGUUGUGUCGCACCUGAACAGAGUUACGCCAGGUAGCGAAGAUCUUGUCAAUACUCUACCACCAACGCCAUGGACAGAUGGUCGCGAUUUUUGGUGGCAUGACGAAAUGGAAGACGCUGAAAAGACAUGCUAUCCCGAAUGGAUGGGUGCGGAAGAUCCAUUGUUUAUGUUAUACACUAGUGGAUCGACAGGAAAGCCAAAAGGCGUCCUACACACAACUGGAGGAUAUCUACUGUAUGCAAGCACAACGUUUAAAUUGGUUUUCGAUUACAAGCCAGGUGAUGUUUACUGGUGUACGGCUGAUAUUGGUUGGAUCACCGGUCACACGUAUGGAGUGUACGGUCCUCUGGCAAACGGAGCUACUUCAGUAAUGUUCGAAGGAACGCCAUUUUUCCCCGACAAUGACCGAUUUUGGCAAGUCAUCGAUAAAUACGAAGUGAAUCAAUUUUAUACGGCACCAACUGCUAUUCGAGCACUAAUGAAAUUCGGAGACGAACCGGUUCUUAGGCACAGUUUAAAAUCGCUAAGAGUUCUCGGCAGUGUAGGUGAACCAAUAAAUCCGGAGGCCUGGCUAUGGUACUAUAAAAUUGUCGGAAAAAAUCAGUGCUCUAUUGUCGAUACGUUUUGGCAGACAGAAACCGGUGGACAUGUGAUUACACCACUACCAGGAGCCACACCAAUGAAACCCGGAUCAGCCUCUUUUCCGUUCUUUGGCGUCAAACCGACAUUACUUGACGAAAAUGGCACAGAAAUCGUUGGUGAAGGUGAAGGAUAUUUGGUAUUCUCGCAGCCAUGGCCGGGAAUGAUGAGAACUUUGUUCAAUAAUCAUCCACGAUUCGAGUCUACCUAUUUCUCUAAGUUCAAUGGCUAUUACUGCACAGGAGACGGUGCCAGAAGAGACGCUGACGGUUACUUAUGGAUAACCGGUCGUGUGGACGACAUGUUAAAUGUGUCUGGUCAUUUAAUGUCCACUGCUGAAGUGGAAUCAGUUUUAACGGAACACGAUAGCGUAGCCGAGGCCGCAGUCGUAUCGCGUCCGCAUCCGGUCAAGGGCGAAUGUCUUUACUGUUUCAUUACACCGAAUGAAAAUAAAGAAUUCGAUCGAAAGCUGAUUGGUGAACUGAAAAAAUUGGUAAGAGAACGUAUCGGGCCGUUCGCUCAACCGGACAUAAUUCAACAUGCGCCCGGACUACCGAAAACUAGGUCGGGUAAAAUAAUGAGACGAGUGUUGAGAAAAAUUGCCAUCAAUGAUCGAAACGUGGGCGAUACAUCGACACUGGCCGACGAGGGAAUUGUAGAGAUAUUAUUUGCGAAUCGGCCGGACGAUGCCUAAACGGAAUAAUGGAGAACAAAAAACAAUUUUCCAUGGUCUUAAUGUAGUUACGUGUAUAGAAAGGAUUUGUAAUGUUAAUCGGUUCGUUAAUUUAAGUUUUGCGUUCAAUUCGUUUGAUUUUUACUCUCAGGUUUAUUUUGUACACUUUAAGCUACUUAAUGUAAUAAGCGCACACAUACCAAUUACAAUACUUGGUUGUUCAGUUGCGAAAAUCAUUCCGUUUUGAUUUUUGUUUUGUUUUGUACAAAAAUCAUGCUUGCCUGGUCGUAAACAUUCCCUAAUUUAUAAUUCUCCCAAAUCAUUUUUUAUUUACUUUGCUCCAACAAUUUAUUGUCGAUCUUCUGCCUUCGAUUUUUCUUAAAUAACUUUUUUUUCGUUUGUUUAACAUCUCUUUAUUUGCCUAACAAUAAUUACCGAGGACGAUCCGUUUCACUGAAUAUUAUGGGUCACAAUUAAUGAAAAGACGCUGAAUUCUUGGCAUUAUUUGAAUGAAUUCAUAAAGAAUAAUAAAAAGGAUAUGAGUCGACAAUUUUAAUUGAAAUGGGACCUGUGAUCCGAAUUCGAAAUUUCAAGAAAUAAUAAUCUCGAGUCGACAGUCCCCUAAUUAUGAAAUUUCAUGUAAUUUUACUAACUAACUAACUAGAUUUUUCCAUCAUGAUCUACAUUUUCCACACACAGGUUACCGUGGACCCUAAAGUAUAUCACGAAACGAUGCACAAAUUUUGUCCUCGAUUUUUCUACUCUUUUUUGUGCUUGCUAAAAAUAGCAACACGAAAGAGGCCUAAGUCAAAUAUUUCUUUUGUUUAACUGUCAAAUUUAACAGGAUAACAAUAGAAAAAUUUGAAUAAGGUCUACUGGAUACAUUUUUCGGUUUCUAUAAAAUAUUUGUUGAGCUUUUUCCUUUGUUUUGUAUAAAUGAAAGUUAAACUAGUUAAUCAUUCACGGACAGCAAUGUCACCUGAUAUCGACAGAAAAUUUGCUUAGAAUAAGUGAGGUAAUAGCAUUCACAAUUAUAAAUCGACAUACUUGCUGUCUGUGAAAGCUUAAAUUAAUCUUAUAAUACCAUCUAAUAACUAAAACACGAGAGAAGGAAGUAGUAACUCAAUGUUUAAACGAAAAUAAUUUACAAACUGACAGAAUAAAAAUGACUUUAUUGAUGAUAUUGAACGGAAAAUGGGUCGUGCAUUAGCUAUAAAUUUUAGAAUGAACGACGAACAAAUUUAAAAAAAUUGAAACUCAAGAAAUAAUGAAACUCAAGAAAUGUUUUAAUGAGAUUUAAUAUACAGAAUUUUAUUUGUGCUUAAACUGCGUUUUUUGGAAGUUAAACACAUGACCCAUAGUUUAUAAACAUACAACACUUCCUCCCAGCAAGAUCUCUAAUCCGGAAGUGCUACAAAAAAAAACAUAUCACUUACAAUCACGCUAACAUAGUAAUAUUAUGUAAAAUAUGGGACGGCUUAAAGAAAUAUGCUAACUUUAAGAGAUCAUCCCCCCAACAAACAUGUAACCGAGGACGAACAACAAACCUCUAAAUCAUGAAACAUAUCAUUUUAAUCUAGAGCAUCGAAUACGAUGGAAUCAGAUGUCUAUAUUAGUCUUAAAAAGAGAU